UUAGGGAGUCAUGGGUUGGACCUGGUGAGGGUGCUGUCUGUAAAUCGUCGCCCUUCGAUCUGGGGUGCGCGCCAGAACUUGGGGUGCAGGCCGCCCAUCCUAGAACUUCAGUCUGGAGGCAUCUUGGUCCAGCGCCCUCGCUUUGCGAAGCAGCCCCAGAGAUGCUAAGUGACUUGCCUACCAUGCUCCAGCCAGUUAGGAGCCUAGAACCUGCGAUUUUCAUUCUAGAAAACUGAAGCCCAGAAAAAAUUAAGAGCAUAGAUAGAGGAUGGUUGGUGCAGGACAGAUAUAAGAACUUCGGUUAAUAAUUACAGCCCGGGAAUACGCUGUAGGGUUUCUGGAUUCUUGAGGCAAAAAAAUAUCCAGGAACUUCGAGGCCUCCUGAGGAUGGCUCAGACAAGGGUCCAGAGUGAAUAAGGAUCUUCUCCCUUGCUGAAUCCCUUCAGGGAAAAAUUUCCUUUUGGAAAGCUCUGUGCCAAGAAAUUCUUUUCUGUAUCAUCCCGCUGUUGUUUAGGUAAUUUUCUGUGUUUUGUUGAUUUGUGAGGAAAACAACCACUGAUAGUAAAAGCAGUAACUGUUUCCUUAGAGUCUGAGAGUUUACAGGCUCGUACAGGCUCCUUUAGGUACCUCAUUUCCCGCAAAUUCCCACACUAGAACGGUGCUUGGCAAAUAGUAGGUAUUCCGUACACUGAAUGAGUGAGUGAACGAACGAAUGAGCGAAUAUGUGAAUAAACUCUAGGAGGCAGGACUUAGCCCAUUAAUUUUUAUGUAUAGAGAAAACAAAGGCUAAGAGACCAGGAUCCAAACUCAGGCCUGAUGGCACUGGCAUUCAUGCUUCACAUACUUGCAAGAUGAAGGACUCCACAGUUGUGAGAAUUUGGCUUGCAACUGCCCUGGGCCCAAAGUUAAACCUACUGACUAUAAAAGCGUGACAAUGUUAUACAGACUCAUUAAGAAAACCUACACUUCGGGGAUACUAUAAAGAAAGAUGCUGCCAUCAUAUGGUGGCUGACGCCGUGGGUCUUUUCUGAGUGAAACUGUGAGAAGAGGAAAUGAAUCAGGGGGGCGGGAGGGGCAGAGAUCUUGGAAAUCACCGUGGUUUUCAGUUGAAGGGAGUUGAGUUGUGUUUCCCCAAGGAGCACAACAAAUAUCUUCUGGAUUUCUUGUACGGAUUUUUAGACCUUUCAGUAGUCCCCGUUAUGGAUGCCAUGUCUAAACUGGAGGAAGGAGAAUACUCCCCAGAGACCUAAGGAAAGGAGACAAUGCACACACAGAGAGAGCCUCGCACAGUUCCUAGCACACAAUACUGUGUUAAGUGCUGGAGGCACAAAGAUGAAGACGACACAUCUCUGUUCUCAAGUAGGGGUGACAAAUACAGAAACAGAAUUACAACUCAGUGUGCUUCUGGACCAGUUUUCCAUUACAGCAGCCAAGAAGGUUUACCUUCUAGAGGCUGACACAGCUCUCUCGCCAGAGGAAACGGCCAUGGAGGGAGUUGGCCAGCCUGCAAAGAUGAAAUGCCUUGAAGGCCCCCACUUAAACCAAGGCCCAGCCAAGUCCUGUGGUUCCUUGGCUCCAGAGAAGGAGCUGGUGUCUGCCUCCCAACUGGAGGAAGAGGAAGAAAAUGAGGGGGAGGAGGAUCUGGAUCCAGAUCCAGAUUUAGCCCCAGGCCCGGAAGAAGAGGAGGAGGAGGAGGAUGAGAAAGAUCUCGGGGAUCCAGCUGUGCUCAGUGCUGUCCAUAACACCCAGAGAGGUGGUCUCAGUUCCCCUGGAAUCAAGAUCCCUGAUGUGCUGGGGAUGUCACCUACCUCCUUGCACUUUCUGUGGCAGACCCUGGACUACCUGUCGCCAGUUCUUUUCCGGCCUAAGUUUCCCAGCGCCAACUCUCCAGCGUGCCAUUUUGGACAUCAACUGCUCUUGCCAGACCCAUCUCUCUUCUGCAGCCUGCCGACCUCAUGGCCCCCUAAGUUCAGUCUUCCCAGUCAUCUGACCCAGCUUCACCCUCAGCACCAACGGCUCCUGCAGCUGCAGCAGCAUAGUCGAAUGCAAAGUCCCCCAGCCAAGAAGCCUUGGUCUCAGCAACCAGACCCCUAUGCUAACCUCAUGACCCGAAAAGAGAAGGACUGGGUGAUAAAAGUGCAGAUGGUUCAGCUGCAGAGUGAGAACCCCCGCCUGGAUGAUUAUUACUACCAGAAGUAUUAUCAGAAACUAGAGAAGAAGCAGGCAGAUGACGAGCUACUUGGGCGAAAGAACAAGGUUGAGUCCCUCAAGCUGGUAACGCCUUACAUUCAGAAGGCAGAGGCUUACGAGUCAGUGGUUCGAAUUGAGGGUUCCCUGGGCCAGGUAGCUGUAUCAACGUGUUUCAGCCCUCGCCGAGCUAUUGAUGCUGUACCCCAUGGAACUCAAGAGCAGGAGGCAGGAGCUGCAAGCAGUCAGAGGCUUCGGGUGUUGCACCACAUUGAGAAGAUGUUCCUUCAGUUACUAGAGAUAGAGGAGGGCCAGAAGGACGGGCCUCCACAACCCUGCUACUCUGAGCAGCAGAGCAAACAGGUGGAGAAGCUCUUCCUGGCCUUAAAGACCCAGGAGCAGAAUAAUCUGGAGGAGGCAGCAGAUGGCUUCCUGCAGGUGCUCUCUGUGAGGAAGGGGAAAGCCCUAGUGGCCCGGAUGCUCCCCUUCCUGCCCCAGAAUCAAGCUGUUAGCCUUCUUCUGGCUAUCACCCACCAUCUGCCCCUCCUGGUCAGGAGGGAUGUGGCUGAUCAGGCCCUACAAAUGUUGUUCAAACCUCUGGGCAGAUGUAUCAGUCACUUGACCUUCCAUGAACUCCUCCAAGGACUCCAGGGACUAACGCUGCUAGCACCUGGCUCCUCAGAGCGGCCAGUCACUGUGGUGCUUCAGAAUCAGUUUGGAAUAUCUUUGCUCUAUGCCCUGCUAAGUCAUGGGGAGCAGCUGGUAUCCCUGGAUUCUUCUCUAGAGAAAUCCAACAGUGACUAUACCACCUGGACAGACAUGGUGGUUCUGAUUGCCUGGGAGAUAGCCCAAAUGCCUACAGCCUCUCUGGCAGAACCCCUAACCUUUCCCAGCAACCUUCUUCCCCUGUUCUGUCACCACGUGGAUAAACAAUUGGUACAGCAGUUGGAGGCUAGGAUGGAGCUUGCCUGGAUCUACUGAUCAUUGUUCUAGAAUAUGUACAUGUGGGAAAAGUUUAAUCAGAUCCUAGCUGUAUGGGCUAUGUCUACAGGGAUCCAGACAGUCUGAAGACAUUUAUUAUGCCUUGAUAUAUUGGAAGACCCUGCCCAAAAACAUUUUCUUAUCCUUUCUUUAAAAACCUGAAUGAUAUGCCUAAAAAGGCAUGGCAUAAUAAGGUAUAAUUAAAGAGAUAAUAGAAAAAUG